GGGCGGGAGCGCGGGGGAAGACGCACGGGCGGGCUCGGCUCUCCCGGGGAGCGGCCCGGGACUGCACCGGGACCGGCGCCUCCCCGCUCCGCGCUGCCCUCGGCCUCGCCCCGGGCCCGGGCGGAUGAGCCGCGCGCCCGGGGGACAUGGAAGCGCUGACGCUGUGGCUUCUUCCCUGGAUCUGUCAGUGCGUUACGGUGCGGGCCGACUCCAUCAUUCACAUCGGUGCCAUCUUCGAGGAGAACGCAGCCAAGGACGACAGGGUGUUCCAGCUGGCUGUAUCGGACCUGAGCCUCAAUGAUGACAUCCUGCAGAGUGAGAAGAUCACUUACUCCAUCAAGGUCAUCGAGGCCAAUAACCCGUUCCAGGCUGUGCAGGAAGCCUGUGACCUCAUGACACAGGGAAUUUUGGCCUUGGUCACAUCCACAGGCUGUGCGUCUGCCAACGCCCUGCAGUCCCUCACAGACGCCAUGCACAUCCCACACCUCUUUGUCCAGCGCAACCCCGGGGGUUCACCACGUACUGCCUGCCACCUGAACCCUAGCCCCGACGGCGAGGCCUACACCCUGGCUUCGAGACCACCUGUCCGGCUCAAUGAUGUCAUGCUCAGGCUGGUGACAGAACUGCGCUGGCAGAAGUUCGUCAUGUUCUAUGACAGCGAGUAUGAUAUCCGUGGGCUCCAAAGCUUUCUGGACCAGGCCUCACGGCUGGGCCUCGAUGUCUCUUUACAAAAAGUGGACAAGAACAUCAGUCAUGUGUUCACCAGUCUCUUCACCACCAUGAAGACCGAGGAGCUGAACCGUUACCGGGACACACUGCGCCGUGCCAUCCUACUGCUUAGCCCACAGGGGGCCCACUCCUUCAUCAAUGAGGCUGUAGAGACCAACCUGGCUUCCAAGGACAGCCACUGGGUUUUUGUGAAUGAGGAAAUCAGUGACCCCGAGAUCCUGGAUCUGGUCCACAGUGCUCUCGGCAGGAUGACCGUGGUCCGGCAAAUCUUCCCAUCUGCAAAGGACAACCAGAAAUGCAUGAGGAAUAACCACCGCAUCUCUUCCCUGCUUUGUGAUCCGCAGGAAGGCUACCUCCAGAUGCUGCAGAUCUCCAAUCUCUACCUGUAUGACAGUGUUCUGAUGCUGGCCAACGCCUUCCACAGGAAGCUGGAAGACCGGAAGUGGCAUAGCAUGGCAAGCCUUAACUGCAUACGGAAGUCUACCAAGCCAUGGAACGGAGGGAGAUCCAUGCUAGACACGAUUAAAAAGGGACACAUCACUGGCCUCACAGGAGUUAUGGAGUUUCGGGAAGACAGCUCGAAUCCCUAUGUCCAGUUUGAAAUCCUUGGUACAACCUAUAGUGAGACCUUUGGCAAAGACAUGCGCAAGCUGGCGACAUGGGACUCGGAGAAAGGCUUGAAUGGCAGUCUGCAGGAGAGGCCCAUGGGCAGCCGCCUCCAAGGACUGACUCUCAAAGUGGUGACUGUCUUGGAAGAGCCUUUUGUGAUGGUGGCUGAGAACAUCCUUGGACAGCCCAAGCGUUACAAAGGGUUCUCCAUAGAUGUGCUGGAUGCGCUGGCUAAAGCUCUGGGAUUCAAAUAUGAGAUCUACCAGGCCCCUGAUGGCAGGUAUGGCCACCAGCUCCACAACACCUCCUGGAACGGGAUGAUUGGGGAGCUCAUUAGCAAGAGAGCAGACUUGGCCAUCUCUGCUAUCACCAUCACACCGGAGAGGGAGAGUGUUGUGGACUUCAGCAAAAGAUACAUGGACUACUCCGUAGGCAUCCUCAUCAAAAAGCCCGAGGAGAAAAUCAGCAUCUUUUCCCUUUUUGCCCCCUUUGAUUUUGCGGUGUGGGCCUGCAUUGCUGCAGCCAUCCCCGUGGUUGGUGUGCUCAUAUUCGUGUUGAACCGGAUACAGGCUGUAAGGGCUCAGAGUGCUGCCCAGCCUCGACCCUCUGCUUCUGCCACACUGCACAGUGCCAUCUGGAUUGUCUAUGGAGCCUUCGUCCAGCAAGGUGGUGAGUCCUCUGCGAACUCUGUGGCCAUGCGCAUCGUGAUGGGCAGCUGGUGGCUCUUCACCCUCAUUGUAUGUUCCUCCUAUACAGCCAACCUUGCUGCUUUCCUCACAGUGUCCAGGAUGGACAACCCCAUAAGGACAUUUCAGGACCUGUCCAAGCAACUGGAGAUGUCCUAUGGCACUGUUCGUGAUUCUGCUGUCUAUGAGUACUUCAGAGCCAAGGGUACCAAUCCCCUGGAGCAGGAUAGCACUUUUGCUGAGCUCUGGAGGACCAUAAGCAAGAAUGGAGGGGCUGACAACUGUGUGUCCAAUCCUUCAGAAGGCAUCAGGAAGGCAAAGAAGGGGAACUACGCGUUUCUGUGGGAUGUAGCUGUGGUGGAGUACGCAGCCCUGACGGAUGAUGACUGCUCAGUGACCGUCAUUGGCAACAGCAUCAGCAGCAAGGGCUACGGGAUUGCUCUGCAGCAUGGCAGCCCCUACAGAGACCUCUUCUCCCAGAGGAUCCUGGAGCUGCAAGACACAGGGGACCUGGAUGUGCUCAAGCAGAAGUGGUGGCCACACACAGGCCGCUGUGACCUCACCAGUCAUUCCAGUGCCCAGACUGAUGGCAAAUCCCUUAAGCUGCACAGCUUUGCUGGGGUCUUCUGCAUUCUGGCCAUUGGCCUUCUUCUCGCCUGCCUCGUGGCUGCUCUAGAGUUAUGGUGGAACAGCAACCGGUGCCACCAGGAGACCCCCAAAGAGGACAAAGAAGUGAAUCUGGAACAGGUGCAUCGGCGCAUAAACAGCCUGAUGGAUGAAGAUAUUGCUCACAAGCAAAUUUCCCCAGCAUCCAUUGAGCUUUCUGCCCUGGAGAUGGGGGGCCUGGCUCCGAGCCAAGCCUUGGAGCCCACGCGGGAGUACCAGAACACCCAGCUCUCAGUCAGCACCUUUCUGCCUGAGCAGAGCAGCCAUGGCACCAGCCGGACACUGUCGUCAGGGCCCAGCAGCAACCUGCCACUGCCACUGAGCAGCUCAGCCACCAUGCCCUCUAUUCAGUGCAAACAUAGGUCGCCCAAUGGGGGACUAUUCCGACAGAGCCCUGUGAAGACCCCCAUCCCUGUGUCCUUCCAGCCGGUGCCUGGAGGCAUCCUUCCAGAGGCUCUGGACACCUCUCAUGGCACCUCCAUCUGACUGUGUCGCCUGCCCUCCUGCCCGCCCGCCCACCCACCCGACCAGCAGAGCUUUUUAAUACAAGAAAAUGACAACACAGAUCACACACACACACACACACACACACACACACACACACACACAGAGACUCUUUCAUUUUUCUUGUACAUAAAUGUAAAUAAUGACAGAAUGGAGUGGGGUAAAAGUGUAUUUUGAAUAUUCCCAAUUUUCGAAGUCAGUAAAAAAAAAAAAACAAAAAAAAACAAAAAACAAAAACUGUAUGAAUGACUUUGUAAAUUUUGUUCUAUAUGAAUAAAAAGGCAAAUUACUUGUGA